GCGUCUGUCAAAGUGUAGUUGCAAAUAAUAGUAUAUUCCAAUUGCCUUAUUUUUUCUCACAAAAUUAAUCAAAAUUAAUAGACAUGACUUACGAUUUAGAUCAAAUAGAACUUUAUAGCAAUGCUUUUGCUUUUAGUUAAAAAUAUGAGUAUUAUUUAAAUAUAUUUUCGGAUAAAAGUGUCCAUAAAAGUAGGCUAUUUUUAAACAGAAGUACAGUGAUAUUAGGACUUAGUACAAUGUAUUCAAAACGGAACUCUGUCUUUAGAGACAUUUACAAUAGGCAGUAUGAUUAUAAAUUGAGUACAUUAUUUAGGUCAACAAAAGAUGAUGAGAACUUUGUUCAACGAUUGGGGCUGAUAAAAAAACUUCAGAUCCAUAUGGGAUGUGUCAACACAAUAUGUUGGAAUGAUUCUGGAGAAUACUUACUGUCUGGUUCAGAUGAUCAACAUUUAGUGAUUACACAUGGACAUAAGUACAAUGUUGUAGCAGAUUACUACACCAGUCAUCAUGCAAAUAUUUUCAGUGCGAAGUUUCUUCCUUGCACUAACGAUCGCCAGAUUAUUUCCUGUUCAGGAGAUGGGCUUAUUAUACAUACAGACUUGAAUCGUGCCCAAGAUAGUUCUGACGCUCAAUUUAAUUGUCACGCUGGGACAACAACAUACGAAGUCAUCACUGUUCCUAAUGAGCCAUACUCAUUUUUAAGUUGUGGGGAAGACGGUAGUGUACGAUAUUUUGAUUUAAGGGUGAAAAGUAGUUGCCAUAAGGCACGUUGCCGAGACGACAUACUAAUUUCUUGUCAAAGGGCCGUAACAGCCUUAGCCCUUAGUCCUAUAUCUUCAGACCAUUUAGCUAUUGGUUGUGCAGACUCAUCGGUGCGAGUUUAUGACAGAAGAUAUCUACGAAGAGGAGAUCAACUACUGGCCCAACCUUUUUGUACGUUUGUGGCGCCGCACUUUGAGAAUGAACGACACUACAGAAUAACAUCUCUCAGCUAUAGUAGAGAUGGCCAAGACAUGCUCGUUAGUUACUCCUCUAACUACCUCUACUUAUUUAAUGUUUUGAAUAAUAGCGCGGUGCAUCUUAGGAAACCAAUUAAAAAACCAUCACCAUGGGAUAAAAUCAAAGCUGUAACAGGAAAAAGAGAGAGAAUAUCAUCACCGAUACCAGUGAGAAGGUUGCGAUUGCGAGGGGAUUGGUCAGAUACAGGUCCAGAUGCUCGACCUGAGAGGGACAAUAGCUCUUCAUCUGCAAGUAUUGGACAAGCUAGACCUCAGCUCCAAGCUACUUUAAUGCAACGCAUGACUGAUGUACUUUCCCGGAUGCUGAAUGAUCCGAUGACUAGGGCAGCACUCAGCGCCGGUGGUGAAGAUUCAGUUGACGCAGACGAAAAUGCGCCGAGACAUUUGGACAACAGGAAUCAGAAUCCGGAAGAGGGGAGCAGUAUGGAGACCGAUCAAGAGCAAGGCAGUUCUGAUAGACCUCCCGUACAAGAUUGCCAGCCAAAUCCAGAUGGUCCUCGUGCUGGAAUUACUAGUCACCUUCAUACUCACUUGAUAGCACUAAGAGAUCUUAGAGAAGGUUUCAUAAAUCAGCACGGCGCGGAACCGUCCGUAAGUUUUAGAUAUUCUCAGCAGAGCACCUCAAACUCAACGAUAAGUCUUCGUGUCAAUAAUAGAAGCUUUUUCGAGGAAAAUCCUCCAACAGCCUCUACAGUGCCUUCAACUUCAGAGCGUGGUCGCAGAGACAGGACUGAAAAGAGGGAAGAAACGAAUGCUGAAGUCGAUUUAGACUAUGAAGAUGAAGAAGAUGCUGUACCUGACGCUCUCGGAGGUGGUAGUGGAAAAUCUAACGAAGAGGAGGAUGAUAAACAACACGUGUUCGAGGCUGAAAUGAAAAUGAAGUAUAUGGGACACAGAAACUCAAGAACCAUGAUAAAGGAAGCAACGUUCUGGGGAGAUGAUUACGUGAUGUCAGGAUCAGAUUGUGGUCACGUCUUUAUUUGGAAUCGUCAUACCGCCGAAUUAAAAAUGCUGUUACAAGCAGACCAACAUGUAGUGAAUUGUCUCCAGCCCCAUCCUACGCUGCCUUUGCUAGCCACCAGUGGAAUUGACCAUGAUGUAAAAUUGUGGGCUCCCAUCCUGGAAGAGUCUUCAUUCGACGAAAGAGUUGCUAGUGAGUUGAUAAAUAGAAACGCAAUAAUGCUGGAAGAAACUAGAGAUACGAUAACUGUUCCUGCGUCUUUCAUGAUCCGGAUGCUGGCCUGUCUCAAUCAGAUUCGCCGAGGAGCUAGAAAUAGAACAACUACAAGAAGAACAGAGGGUGAAUCUGAAGAGUCAUAAUGAAUUAUUUCUGUUCGACUUUAGAUUAAACUAGUUAAUUUUUGCGGAAGUCUUAUUUUGCCAUCCUAUAUUUAUUAAGUUUUUGUAAUAAAAGCGGGUGUUUAAUUUUUGCAAAUCUAACUAAAAGUAUUUGAAAAUAGACCAAAUAGCGGGAGUUGUCCUAACUUUUUUAAAUGAUAUAUAAACCGAUAUAAGUGUACAUUUAAAAACGUUAUGUUGAAAUACUGGAAGGUUUUGUACGUUAAAAAAGUAAUUAUACUACUAAAAAAAUAAUUUCCAC